AUGGAAUGCCCCAGAAUGUCACAUUUGAAUGCUGUCAAACGCAUUCUAAGAUACUUGCAGGGCACUCACUCCUAUGGAAUACUAUUGGGAAGAGGAGAGACUGGGGAAGAAGUGCAAAUCACUUCUUACUCAGAUGCAGACUGGUGUGGUGAUAAGGAAGACAGGAAAAGCACGGCUGGUUAUAUUUUCUUCAUGGGAGGAACACCAAUUUCCUGGAGUUCAAGAAAGGAACCAGUGGUUGCCUUGUCAUCAUGUGAGGCAGAAUACAUAGCUGCCUGUGAAGCUACUUGCCAAGCAACUUGGCUGGGAUUCCUACUAGAAGGGUUGAAAAUUGAGCUAACUAGAAGAGUGAGGCUACUUGUUGACAACAAGUCAGCCAUAGAUCUUGCCAAGCAUCCUGCAUCUCACGGCAGGAGCAAGCACAUUGAGACCCGAUUUCACUACAUCAGAGAAUAG